AUGUCAACCCCACACCAAGCACACAAUAUCCCAUGGUCGUUGCUCGUCUCCAACCUUGCGUUCAUACGUCCAUCCCCUCAGCGGCCAGAACAAAACGUCGCGGAAAUCUCCGCUCUUCGCAAAGCGAACCAAGCGUCCGAUAUCGGUCAUUUCGCACGUAGAUUCGCCGCUGCCAUACGUGAGUUCGCAGCGACAGACCGAGGGAAAUACCCGGAGAAGAUCAAGUUGGCGGAAUUGGAGGACGGGAAGGUCCUCCCGGAUUCGUUCCUCGACAAGUCACUCGGCUACAGAAGCACCAUCACCCCCGAAGUCCAGACUGUCGUGUACUGGGACGAGUUGGGCAAACAUGACCGAGUCCCUGAUGAGGGCGGCCAUUCCGACCUGCUCAAAACCCUCUACUUGCCCAAGCACCCUUAUAUCACCAACCUGCUUUUCCUUGCUCAGUCCUCCAGCGGAGUACUCCGCAAGCUACGUCAUGUCACGUACUCGAACUUUUUCCACUAUGGUACCGAUCGGGUAUACCAAAAUGCCCUGAUGGCGUACAUCCUGCUCAACGUGUCGAUAUCCAUGGACCUCUAUGGGAGCAAGUUCGAGCCCUCGAACGCGUUCCUGCGCACGAAGGGAUUCGUCACUGGGAUCCAGGACUAUGACGCCGAGAUGGCCCCUCAUCAAGCUUUUUUAGGGCCCGGGAACGAUCGGCUACAGGAUCUGCCGAGGUUUAAGCAGUACUUGAAGGACUGCUUUUGGCAGCUGUAUGUGUGCGAGAUGAUAUUGAGAGAGAUGGACGGGAAGAAGGCGAGAGAGGAGAAGAGAGAGCCGAAGGGAUUAGAUUGGGAGAAGGAGGUGAUGGAAUGCUUGUCUAGCAUGUUUACGGGGAUUGACUGGCCGCCAUUAGAGGAUUGA